AGCAAUCACCUCAAGAUGCAGUACGGAGGCGCACCCGGAGGCCCGGCCUUUCCCGGACAGACACAGGAUCCGCUGUACGGCUACUUUGCUGCAGUGGCUGGACAGGAUGGGCAAAUAGAUGCUGAUGAAUUACAGAGAUGUCUGACACAAUCGGGCAUUGCUGGAGGAUACAAACCUUUUAACCUGGAGACUUGUCGGCUGAUGGUUUCAAUGCUGGAUAGGGACCUGUCGGGCACCAUGGGCUUCACAGAGUUUAAGGAGCUCUGGGCGGUGCUGAACGGCUGGAGACAGCACUUCAUCAGCUUCGACAGCGACCGCAGUGGGACUGUGGACCGCCAGGAGCUGCAGAAGGCCCUCACCACAAUGGGCUUUAGGUUGAAUCCCCAAACUGUGAAUUUGAUUGCAAGACGGUAUAGCACCAAUGGGAAGAUCACCUUUGAUGACUAUAUCGCCUGCUGCGUCAAGCUGAGGGCUCUCACAGAUAGCUUUCGAAGACGGGAUUCUGGUCAGCAAGGUGUUGUGAAUUUCUCAUAUGAUGAUUUCAUUCAGUGUGUCAUGACUGUUUAAGUCAAAAGGAAGCUGUCUGAACGUAACAUUCCAACUGGAGUCCACAUUUGCUUAUUCUGCCUUUAGUGACCCGCAUAAUCGUUCCUCGCUGCUUUCCCCAACAGCUGUUGUAAGGUCUAUUACUUGACACACAGUUAAACUUUGGUUUUGAUAAUGAAUUCUUUGGAACUUUAAUAAUGCAAAGUCAAGUCUGUUGUACCGAUUAGAACUUCCUUAACUCAUUAUCAAUCGUGCCUUAUUUUCCUUUUAAACCUCUUUUAUAUGAGAAUGCAGAAUA